AUUUGCAGCCCCGGUGAUUUGGAUGUUUUCGGGGCACACCACAAGCCACUUGGGCAGUUCGGCACCGAUUUUAUGUUGGACGCAAUUCCCUUCAUUCAACGAGAAAAUUUAGGAAACUGCAAUUCCAAAGCGAUUGUGAUCAACUAUUGCAAUUGCUCAAGAGGAUCACAGGAAAAUAUGAAAAAUUGCAUGAAACGGCCU